AAGUACUCUCCCGUGGUGACGGCGUUACCGGAGUCGGACCCAUACAUCCGGGUUAUCCCGCUACCGAACUCCCGAGAAACGACCCCGCUUCUCCGGGCACUGAACGGAGGUGCGGAGACUGCUCCGCAUAUUCUACCUAGCAGACGAAAAACCGGGGAACCCAUUUCCCCAGACUUUCACACUCCCCUGCCACCAUUUCCAACUCAAAAAAUGACGUCCAAUCCUACUACACUACACCACACCACCAGCCCCUCCCGCAAUUGA